ACUUAGACCUACUGUCUACGACUAUUUAUUUCAUAUUUGAUUAGCGUUUGUUUAUACAAACGCGUUUUUUUCAUUUACCUUAUUCUAUUUAUUUUCAUCAUGGCGGAAGGAGCUGGCAAGCGUCCUACUCAACCUCCAGAUCGUCUGGGCAUAGAUCCUCCUUCAUCUCCUGCUCAUGAAAAGAAUGAGAGAAGUGAUAAAAGUAAUCAGCAGUUACGGGAUACUCUUAAAGCCAAGGAAGUGACUGAUAAGAAGAGAGAGAUUAAUUUAUCUGAAAUGGGUGGAAUGUUAUCUGAACUUCUCAAGGGAAUGAAAGCUAGAGAUGAAGAUACUAAAAGGAUUAAUGACGAUAAUAGAAAGCUAUUUACUGAAAUUCAAAAGAGCUUAGAUAUCCAAAAAGAUCUUCUUCAGUCUAAAUUGUUCGAGAGGGAGAAAGUUUGCGCAGAACGUCAUGAUAGUCUUGUUGAACAGAUUGGUAUGUUGGAAGAAAAAGUAUCGUCUAACGAAGAGUCUCUUUGUAUUUUGGAUACCCGCAGUACUUUCUUAGAAGAUUUUCAAAAGCAAAGUAGCAGUGCUAUGGAUCAGCUUCGUUUAGACCAUAAUGCUCUUCAAUCGAAAGUACAACAGUUGAGCGCUGAACUACAAAAAGUGUCAAAAAUAAUAUCUGUACCGACUAACUCAACAGUUGCUCCUACAUCUUUUAUUACUCCAGCACCUAUCACAUCGUCUACUCAUUUACCCAUUAAUUUGAACCACACAUCUAAUUUUGAGAAUAGCCGUUUAUCUGUGUCUAUGCUUUCUGAAAAGUUUAAUGAUGUUAUACCUGAAUUUUCUGGUCAUGUGAAUGAUAUUCACCCUGAGUUAUUUUUGAGUCAAGUUGACUCAUAUUUUGAAAAUAUUAUUUGUACUGAACAACAAAAGAUUAAUAGUAUCCAGCGAAGAUUAGUUCGUACUGCAAGACUUUGGUAUGAUGCAUUAAUUCCAUCACCACAGUCAUAUGAUGAAUUUAAAGUCAUCUUCCGUUCCCAGUUUUGGUCUGAGGCUAUUCAAGAUCGAGUACAUGAUGAGGUUUUACGCCCAUACCGUUAUUUGUCAAACACGGGACUCUCCAUACAUGCUAUGCAAUGGAUUGCCAAAGCUCGUUUCUUGGAUCCUCCAAUAUCUCCUUCGCGUCUAGUUAAAGUUAUUUGCCAACAUUUUAACGAACAUAUAUGUACUGCACUUAAGGGACGUGCCCCAAAGACUACAUCAGAACUCUUGGCUGUCUUAUCAGAAUUUGACAAUUCACCUUCGUUCCAUUCAACUACUGGCAAUAAUAAUAAUACGCGUGGGUUAUCAAAUGGAUCAAAUGUUGAAGUCGAACAGAGGCCGGAGAAUGUCAACUAUCGUCGUCAUUUCAACAACAACAACAACAACCGUCGGUUUGAAAAUAAUCGUGGACGUGGCAACGAUAGAAGUCGAAACCAAAGUUCACCAGGUCCUUCUCCGGGAAACGGGGAGCCGGGCGUCUAGGUUU